UGCUACAGAAUCGUUUUACAUUGUACAAUACAAUAAAAAUGAUGAUAUGACAAUAAAAAGUAUUUUCUUUUCUUUCUUGCAGAAGGUAAUCUUCAAGUGUGAUAAUUGUAGCGGUGCUUUUAAGUGUGAUUUUUCUGGCGUGCAUCGUCAUUUCCAUAUAUAUAUGGCGAAGAAAUAUGAACAACAAACGAGAUCAAAUAAGACGAGGACAAUUUGAUAGUGAAAGGAGAGUCAAGGAGUUGAUAGACACAAGCGAGUUCAAGGAAGAGGAAGGUAUAGAUGUACCUUUUUUUGAUAUGCAAACUAUACUAGACGCUACAGUUAAUUUCUCAAAUGCAAACAAGCUUGGACAAGGGGGAUACGGGCCUGUUUACAAGGGAAUGUUUCUUGGAGGCCAAGAAAUUGCGGUGAAAAGGCUAUCAAGGGUUUCAGGACAAGGGUUACAGGAAUUUAGAAAUGAGGUGGUGCUGAUCGCCGAAAAGAUUGGUCAAAUGACGCAGAUCAAGCAAACUGUUGCAACCCCUGAUGUCAUGAACAAGUAUUUUAUUGGUAACCAAACAAUCUUCACCCUCAUUUUCAAUUCUUCAUCUCACCCCAUAUGCGUAUUGUUCUGUUUGUCAGUGCUGAAUUUUUUAUUCGAUCGAUAUUCUGAUCUAAUCUAACUAAA